CCAGGGGACGGAGCCAUGGUGACAGUCGUCAAUUCCAAGGCAGAUGUGCUCAAGGCGGCGCAGGCCCUCGCGGUGAAUCUCAAUGCCGCCAAGGGGCUGCAGGAGGUGAUGAAGUCCAACCUGGGGCCGCGAGGCACGCUCAAGAUGCUGGUGGGCGGCGCCGGGCAGAUCAAGAUCACCAAGGAUGGCUCAGUUUUGCUCGGCGAGAUGCAGAUCCAGCAUCCCACAGCCUCGAUGAUUGCGAGGGCGGCCAGCGCGCAGGAUGAGUUCACUGGUGAUGGGACGACCUCCAGUGUGAUGUUCAUCGGGGAGCUGAUGAAGCUGGCGGAGCAGAGCCUCGCCGAGGGCCUCCACCCGCGGCUCAUCGCCGAGGGCUUCGAGCUCGCGCGGGAAGAGACGGUGAAGUUCCUCGACACCUUCAAGAUUCACGUGGACGAGCCGCUGAAGGAACGGGAGAAGCUGGUGUGUGUGGCCCGCACCUCCUUGAGGACCAAGAUCGCGCCCAGCCUCGCUGACCCCAUGGCGGAGGUAGUGGUGGAUGCCGUGCGAACCAUCAAGAAGGAGGGCGAGCCAAUGGACCUGAACAUGGUGGAGACCCUGCACAUAAAGAACAAGCUGAUCACCGACACGCGCCUGGUGAAGGGCUUGGUCCUGGACCACGGUGCGAGACAUCCGGACAUGCCCAAGCGGCUUGAGAACUGCUACAUCCUGUGUUGCAACGUGUCUCUAGAAUACGAGAAGAGCGAGGUGAAUGCGGGCUUCUUCUACAGUAGCGCGGAGCAGCGGGAGAAGUUGGUCGACUCGGAGCGGAAGUUCACGGACGAGAAGGUGAAGAAGAUCAUCGAGCUGAAGAAGAGAGUUUGCACAGAGGAGAACGGCAAGAGUUUUGUGAUCAUCAACCAGAAGGGCAUCGACCCGCCCUCCCUGGAGAUGCUGGCGCAUGAGAAUAUCAUUGCGCUGCGGCGCGCGAAGCGCCGAAACAUGGAGCGGCUACCGCUGGUGUGCGGUGGCCAGGCAGUCAACUCGGUGGAUGACCUGGAUGUCGACGAUCUGGGUCAUGCCGACCUGGUCUACGAGCAGAGCUUAGAGGACGACAAGUUUACCUUCAUCGAGGGUGUGAAGAACCCUCAAAGCUGCACGGUUUUGAUCCAGGGCUCCACGGAUCACGCCAUCGCACAGAUGAAGGAUGCCAUCAAGGAUGGACUGAGGGCAGUGCAAAACACUGUAGAGGAUGAGGCCUUGGUCCCCGGCGCGGGCGCCUUCGAGAUCGCGGCGCAUGUGCACUUGGAGCAGUUCAAGAAAUCCGUAGAGGGCAAGCCUCGGCUGGGCGUGGAGAUCUUUGGGAAGUCGCUGCUGGUGGUGCCCAAGACCCUUUUGGAGAACAGCGGCCUGGACGUGCAGGAGAAGCUGCUGAGAGUGCUCUCGGAACGGGAGAACAAGAACAAGGUGGUUGGCAUCAGCGUGGCCAAUGGUGAUCCGAUCGACCCGGCGGCCGAAGGGAUCUACGACAACUUCUUAGUGAAGAAGCAGAUGCUUGGCCUGGCGCCGGUCCUUGCAGAGCAGCUGCUCCUCGUGGAUGAGGUCAUCCGCGCGGGGAAAUCCAUGAAGAGUGAUGGUGGGAUGCAGGGGUAGCCAUUCUUAGUUGCAGCUGCAGACGCGAGGCAAAGCGAUUUGCCGCGAAUUUGGGCGCAGGGUAGCUAAGGGCUGUCUCACCGGAUGCGACACCAGCAUCCUGAUAUGAGGGAGUACCAGCGCAUCAGCCAAAA